ACAAAGCACACAAACAAACCGACAAAUCAACUCCUGACACACUCCAGAUCCAACGCCCUCUCCACUUUCUUCGCACGUGCCACCUCCUCCCGCUGCGAUCUCUGGCACGUGACGUCCCCUCCACUUCUCCCUCCCCUAUACUCACACCUGAAACCCAGCCUCAUUUCUCAGGAUCCGAAUUCCCCGAAUUCUGCCGCCCUCCGUUCCAGAUCUAGAAGAUUCCAGAAGGUAGCCGAAGCUUCUGAAGGGGGCACCUCAUGGAGUCCAUAGUCGCCCUCGCCUUGGAGUACACUCUCAAGUAUUGGCUCAAAUCCUUCUCCAGAGAUCAGUUCAAGUUGCAGGGUCGUACCGUACAGCUCUCCAAUUUGGAUAUAAAUGGAGAUGCUCUUCAUUCGAGUCUUGGAUUGCCGCCUGCUUUGAAUGUCACGACAGCGAAAGUCGGGAAAUUGGAGAUAUUGCUGCCAUAUGUGAGUAAUGUACAAAUAGAGCCGGUUGUUGUUCAAAUAGAUAGACUUGAUUUGGUUUUGGAGGAGAAUUCAGAUGUGGAUGCAUGCAGGAGCUCAAGCAGUACUCAGUCAUCCACCAGCUCAGGAAAAGGAAGUGGUUAUGGAUUUGCUGAUAAGAUUGCUGACGGGAUGACUCUAGAAGUGCGCACUGUCAAUCUUCUACUUGAAACUCGUGGGGGUGCUCGAUGCCAAGGAGGAGCAACUUGGGCAUCACCUCUGGCAUCUAUAACUAUCCGCAACCUUUUGUUGUAUACCACGAACGAAAAUUGGCAUGUUGUGAAUCUUAAGGAAGCGAGGGACUUCUCCAAUGACAAAAAGUUUAUAUACGUAUUCAAAAAACUUGAAUGGGAAUUUUUGUCCAUUGACCUCUUGCCUCAUCCUGAUAUGUUCAUGGAUGCUAAUAUAGCACACCCUGAAGAGGAAGUAAAUAGGAGAGAUGAGGAUGGUGCAAAGCGAGUGUUCUUUGGUGGAGAGCGUUUUAUUGAAGGAAUAUCUGGAGAGGCUUAUAUUACAGUACAGAGGACAGAACUAAACAGUCCACUGGGGCUGGAGGUUCAACUUCAUAUUACAGAAGCUGUUUGUCCUGCUUUAAGUGAACCAGGAUUGCGUGCUCUUCUACGCUUCUUGACUGGAUUAUAUGUCUGUCUAAAUAGAGGAGAUGUAGAUCCAAAAGCUCAACAGCGAACUACAGAAUCAGCAGGACGUUCUCUGGUCUCUAUUAUUGUGGACCACAUAUUUCUCUGCAUCAAAGAUGCUGAGUUCCGGCUUGAACUUUUGAUGCAGUCACUCUUCUUCUCUCGGGCCAGUGUUUCUGAUGGGGAAAAGACAAAGAACCUGAACCGAGUUAUGAUUGGUGGACUGUUUCUAAGGGAUACCUUUUCACACCCUCCAUGCACCUUAGUGCAACCGUCAAUGCAGGCUGUCACAAAAGAUGUUCUGCAUAUUCCUGAAUUUGGUCAGAACUUUUGUCCGGCAAUAUAUCCUCUGGGUGAACAGCAGUGGCAGUUACAUGAAGGUAUUCCUCUAAUAUGCCUCCAUUCUCUUCAGGUUAAGCCCUCCCCAGCACCACCAUGUUUUGCUUCACAAACAGUGAUUGAUUGUCAGCCACUUAUGAUUCAUCUUCAGGAAGAAUCCUGUUUAAGGAUAUCUUCCUUCUUAGCUGAUGGAAUUGUAGUCAAUCCUGGUGCUGUGUUACCAGAUUUCUCCGUUGACUCCCUUGUAUUCACCCUCAAAGAAUUGGACAUCACUAUUCCUAUGGACACUGGAGAAUCCAAUAUCUCUGCUGGAGACAGUAACUCUACUCAUCAGAGCUCCUUUGCUGGAGCAAGGCUCCAUAUUGAGAACUUGUUCUUCUCAGAAUCUCCAAAACUAAAGCUCAGGCUACUGAACCUGGAGAAGGAUCCUGCUUGCUUCAGUCUCUGGGCAGGUCAACCGAUUGAUGCCAGUCAAAAGAAAUGGACCACUGGAGCUUCUCAACUUAUUCUGUCUCUAGAAACAUGUAGUGACUUAACUGGACUUCAAAUUCCUCUUGAGCGGUCUUCAGGUUCAUGGAGAUGUGUUGAGCUGAAAGAUGCUUGCAUUGAGGUAGCUAUGGCAACUGCAGAUGGGAGGCCAUUAAUAAGUAUUCCUCCUCCAGGAGGUGUUGUCAGGGUAGGUGUUGCUUUUCAACAAUAUUUAUCCAACACUUCAGUUGAGCAAUUAUUUUUUGUCCUUGAUCUCUAUACGUACUUUGGUAGAGUCAGUGAAAAGAUAGCUAUUGUUGGAAAAAAUAACAGACCAAAGACAAGUGAAAAUGAAGCUUUGGCUGGAAGCCUGAUGGAAAAAGUUCCUAGUGAUACUGCAGUAAGUUUGGCAGUGAAGGACCUCCAGCUUCAGUUUCUGGAAUCUUCAUCCAUGGAUAUUCAUGAGAUGCCUCUGGUUCAGUUUGUGGGAGACGAUCUGUUCAUCAAAGUCACUCAUAGAACCCUUGGUGGUGCCAUCGCCAUUUCAUCUACUUUACAUUGGGGGAGUGUUGAAAUUGACUGUGUAGAUACCGAGGGAAACUUGUUGCAUGAGAAUGGUACAACUUUAACUUCUACUGAAAAUGGUCUUCUGUCAGCUGGGAGUGGGUCCCCUCAACUAAGACCAGUUUUUUGGGUUCAAAACAAAUGGAAGCAUCGAUCAAAUGGUAUUGCUCAUGCAAUUCCAUUGCUAGACAUAAGUGUCGUGCAUGUGAUUCCAUAUAAUGCACAGGAUAUUGAGUGUCAUAGUUUGAGUGUGGCAGCUUGUAUUGCUGGUGUUCGUCUUGGUGGAGGAAUGAAUUAUGCCGAAACCCUGCUGCAUCGAUUUGGAAUCCUUGGGGCUGAUGGUGGUCCUGGGGAGGGGCUCUCCAAAGGGUUAGAGAAUUUAUCAGCGGGACCAUUGUCAAAACUUUUCAAGGCAUCACCUCUUCUUGUGGAUAAUCUGGAAGAGAAUGGAAGUUACAGAGAUGGGAAAGACAAUGGUUUCUUGAAUUUGGGAAAGCCUGAUGAUGUGGAUGUGUCUAUAGAAUUAAAAGAUUGGUUAUUUGCUCUUGAAGGUGCACAGGAGACAGCAGAAAGAUGGUGGUUUUACAAUGAUGAAAAUAUUGGCAGAGAAGAGAGGUGUUGGCACACAACUUUCCAGAGUUUGCAAGUGAAAGCAAAAGGUAGUCCAAAGCGGUUGCUGAAUGGAAAAGGAAAAUCACAGGAAACACAGAAGUAUCCUGUGGAAUUGAUCACUGUUGGUAUUGAAGGAUUGCAGAUCUUGAAGCCCAACGCUGCAAAGGGCAUUCUUCAAGCUGGCUUUCCUGUAGAAGGAAUCAAGGAAACUGUUGAGACCUCUGGGGGAAUAAAUUGUGAAGUUAGCAUCCUAGUCUCUGAGGACAAUGCUCAUGAUGAAAUUGGCAAAUGGAUGGUGGAAAACUUGAAGUUUUCUGUUAAGCAACCGAUUGAGGCAAUUGUGACCAAAGAUGAGCUGCAAUAUCUUGCUUUUCUAUGCAAGUCGGAAGUUGAUUCAAUGGGCCGAAUAGCUGCUGGAAUUCUACGGGUGCUCAAGUUGGAGGGAUCGGUUGGCCAGGCAGCCAUAGAUCAACUGAGCAACCUUGGAACUGAGGGAUUUGACAAGAUUUUUUCCCCAGAAAUUCUUAGCCCCCAUAGUUAUGCUAGCAAUAUUGGGUUCACUCCUGCGAAUGGUAAUGGUCAAAGCCCACAUCCAUCCUUGGAAUCAACCGUGUUUUCACUUGAGGAGGCGGUCUUGGAUUCACAGGCAAAGUGUACUGCUCUUAUUGCUGAGCUACGGAGUUCAGAAUCUUCCCGACACCAUCUUGCCAGUGUUAAACAGCUAAGUCAGAAACUUGAAAGUAUGCAGAGUUUGUUGGCAAAAUUGCGGACCCAAGUUUGAUACAAUUUUCGUGUAGAUUUAUUGGGGUAGAAGGAUCCCAAUGAUAGGGUUUGGUCAUUUUUUCUAAAAAGAAUCUUGUAUGUGUAUAUAUUCACACAUAUCGAUACAUGUAGAGUGUAUGUAGCAACGAGGCAGAAAUAAGAGAUGUUCAUCAAUCCAAUUGGAAAUUUUGUAUCCUAAAA